AUGGGUGUGUUUCUCUAGAAAGAAAGAAAGAAAGAAAGAAGUAGGUCGUGCAGAUAGUAGUGUGUGGCCAGAAGAGGGACAAAUGAAGAAAAGGAAGAGUUGAGCAAUAAUUGCCACGUUCUGAUAGAGCUAAAGGGGAAGACUGCAUAUUUUGUGUGAGUUGAAGGUAGAAUGAAACAGGAAAAACCCCGAAAUAAAUGCAUCAGCAGCUCUUUCAGAGUAUCAGCAUUAGACAGCACUUAAGGGAGAGCAAGUAGCAGUGAGGGAGUGGAGACUACAAACAGGACAGAGGAGAGGCUGCUUUUGGUUUUAAGCUUGUUACUGAUCUUACUGAAGGCUUUCUGUGUCAGCAACAUGGGAAAAUCAGCCUCGAAGCAGUUUGCCGAGGAGGUGCUGCGGUGCCAUAACGAGUACAGGAUGAAGCAUCAGGCUCCUCCACUAAAGUUGAGCAGCAAGUUGAGCAAAGAGGCUGCCCGUUAUGCUGAAAGUUUGGCCAGCACACGAAUCCUAAAACACAGCGUGGAGUCCAGUAGAGGGAGCUGUGGUGAAAACCUGGCUUGGGCCUCGUAUGACCAGACAGGUAAGGAUGUGGCAGACCGUUGGUAUGAUGAAGUGAAACAGUACAACUUCAACCGUCCCGGUUUCUCCUCUGGCACCGGCCAUUUCACAGCAAUGGUUUGGAAGAGCAGCAAAGAGCUGGGUGUCGGUAAGGCCAUUGCAUCAGAUGGUUCUUCCUUUGUGGUGGCCAGAUACAGCCCAGCAGGGAACAUCACCAACCAGGGACACUUUGAGAAUAAUGUCCUCCCAGCUAAAACCAGCUCCUAAAGAGGUAUUGAUCUCUUGACUUGACCCAGGCCAGAAUACAUUUACUCAGUUUUCCAGGAGAGAGGUUGUCUGCCUGAACAGCUGUGGAGAACACUGAGGUGACAGCCACUUCUCGCCUGGCUACAGAGCUGUACUACAAUUUUGGAUGGAUUUUUGAUGACACAACGCACUCAGGCUUUAAGUCCUAUGUUUAUGUUUCGUAGGGAUCUGUGUGUUCAUAAUGAAAGAUUUACUGCUGUUUGAUGUUUGCUAACAAUACAUUUCCACUGACCAUGGGGAUUGUAUAAUUUUUUUUAAUAGUUUUUAUUACCUGUCUCAUUAUUUCCCCCAUUAUUGCCAUUUUAAUAUGAUCACAGCAUACAGUACUGUCCUUCACAUCUGUUUUUGUGUAUGAGUGGGAGUUAAUUCAGUCAUACUCACAGGCGAUACUCAUUAAUAUGUGGUCAUUGAUGAUGAUUCACCCGGCUUAGUAUGCAGGCUUUUAACUAAGCACCCAGUAAGUGUCAAAUCGAGGUAGAUUUUCCAUUUGUUGGGCAAAUGUCAGAAAGCUAUCAUCCACACUGGCAAGUAGAUAUUUGUACCAAAAUGUGAUGCAAUAAAACACUGUGCUGAAAUCUGUACUGCAUUUUAGUGACACGUAUACACAGAAUUAGUAUACACAUUAUUUUCCCAUGUUUUUCGUUUUUUUAGUUGUAUUUAAGCUUUAAUUGAUUAACCAUUGAUCAUCAUCCUGUUUUUUCCUCUACUUGUCAAAACAGACCCAGAAAUUCCACAUCUAUGCUUUGUAUUCUAACCACUUUUGUACAAUAAAGUUGAUUAUCAGAAAUUAA